AUUCGUGAACGGGUGCGAUGCGCUUUGAAUUUUAAAUACUUUUACCGGUCUUAGUGGAGUUUUUUUCUGGUGAAUUAAGAUUGGAGAUUGUUCUCGAUCGCUAAAUGUAAUUGAAUUUUUUCUGGAAAAUUCAGAUGUGAAUGGGUGUUGCGUUCAUUGUUUAUAUUCGUGCGUUUUCCGCUUGAUGCAAUGUUGGGGUUGUUAGUUUGUUCGGUCGUUUAAUGAGUGUUUGUUGUAGAUAUGUUCAGAGUGUUUUUAAGUUUAGAAUGCAGUGGAAAUGGUGAAUGAUUUUCUUGACGGAAGUUCUAAUUUGGAACGAAUCUUUUCUAACGGUGUUCAUAAUCAGCCCUUGUCCAAUACUGACCAGUUGAGUUGGAAAUUUUUAGAAACCAGCACUUUGUUAGAUGACCGGUUGCGAGAAGAGGAAAACGAUCUGCACAGCUAUGCCGACGAUCACAGCUCAUCCGAAGGAUUAAUACUACUGAGCAAUCCGAACGUUUAUCAAUCGUCAGGUGAACGUCAGCCUUCAUUAGCAAUUAUGAACUCAUCAUCAGCAUCCGUCAAUACGAAUCAUCAUCAUCAGCAGCAACAACUCCAACACCCAUCCAUCAGCAAUAACAAUACCAACAGCCUAGGCCACAAGAAGAACAACAAUGCAGGGACGAGUCCCGGUAGCCAUCGUCAUGAUACCACGAUGACCAGUUCAGCCCUGGGAGGCGCCUCUAUGAGCACCGGAAUCUCCAGCCAGAGACAAGCAGUAAUCGGCCACACAACAGGUGCCGACCCCUCCUCCGAGAUACAUGGAUUCCAUCUGAGUCUCCACGGGUGGCGAAAGAAAUGCCUUUAUGUCCUCAUCUUAGGAUUAAUGAUCCUUAUCAUAGUCAAUUUAGUGCUAACGCUCUGGAUACUAAAAGUCAUGGAAUUCUCAUCGGAAGGAAUGGGUCAAUUGAAAAUUGUAGCAGGUGGAAUUCAAUUAUCCGGACAAGCCUUAAUUUUGGACAUAUUACGAGCGAGUACGAUUCGCUCCAGGCACGGCCAGCCUAUCUCCAUAGAAUCAUCACGUAAUUUUUCAAUCAAUACACGAGAUGCCAACGGUCUUGUGGAAAACCAUCUGUUCUUGGGACAUGAUCGACUUGAAUGCCUUACGAAAGGAUUUCGAAUAAACGACAGCCACGGCGGAAAUUUAUUUUCCGUAAAUCGCAAUGAAGUGGUCAUAGGAGCACAUACGCUGAAAGUUGAUGGUGAAGGUGGCGCCAUUUUUCGGGAAUCAAUACAAACAACACAUGUUCGAGCUGAUGCAGGACGAGAAUUAAAAUUAGAGUCGCCUACACGCCAGCUUGAAAUUACAGCAUCUCAGGACAUCAAUCUGCAAUCUCGAGCCGGAAACAUAGAGGUCGAUGCUUUGAAAGAAAUUAAAUUUAGUUCUUCGUCAGGAAGUAUACGCUUUGAUUCGCCUCAUAUACUAUUACCAAACCUUAAAACUGCACAGGCUCCUAGUCCGGGUACGUCUCAAAGUCGUGACCACAACCACAGGGUAUACCAACUUUGUGCCUGCUUUAAUGGGAAGCUAUUUCUUGCAUCCGCUCAUAGUAUUUGCGCUGGCGACGACAGCACCGUGUGCAGAUGAUUCCAAAAGGACACAAAGUCAACCUCUUAGUGGGACCGGGAGACAUACUGAAAUUACAGCCAUCGUGGUUACUACUAUAUACGGCUGUGAGUUUUUUGACCACUCAUCCAGAAGCUAGUGUCACGUUCAUGCCAUUCUAGUGUGUGUGUUGUAUCUUUUCUUUGUCAAUUAUGGAAAAUAUGAUUUCAAAACUCAUUUUGUGAAAUAAAGGAUUUAUUUUUUACUUGUACAGGAGCGUAUCUUAAAUGUCAAUGUAAAUAGGGAAUAUGAUCUUAGAAUAGUGUAGUUAACGAAGUAAACGACUGCUAUCCACUAACAUAGCAUUACCUCUAGGUUCACGAGCAUAACUACGAAACUGAGUAUUUAUGAGAGGCCUAUUAGUGUUUGUAGUCACCAAGUAUAACUAAACCUAGAUAUUUUUAAAUUUUCCGGCCACGGAACAAUUAGGUAAAUUGGAGAUAAAAGCAAAAGAUACUUUUUCUAUUAAGGCAACUUCAAGCAAGAUCAAAAACUGUUUGUAUCAAAUUUGGUGCUUUUGGAUGAAAAGCGGAGUUUGAUGUCAGUCUGUCCAAAAUAAGGUAUACAAAUGUGUAACAUAUAUCAUAAUCCUUGGUUAGGAGAAAACUGUUUACUAUAAAUUACGCGGAUUGCACUCAUAUUGCGAUAUCAAAGCUUUCGUUGAUUCAUUCGAAGCUGAAUACGUAAGUCGACCACAGUUCAUUAGAGCCCCCAGGGUAAAUGUAUAAUAAAUAGGAUUUCAGGAAUUACUCAAUAUAAGUUUGUGAAAGUGCAGUUCAGUCGUAUAUAUCACAUAAAAAAUUCGUGCGUAAAAUAGAUAUUGUAUCUUCAAACGACUCGACUGCGCUGUAUCGCCUCCAAUGAAUACACAGAGACGCAUAUAAGAGUAAUAAAAGUAAAACUUGUACAUAACCACCCAAGAAAGAUAAACUAUCUAAAAUCCAGAGGAUUGCAGAUCAGAUGCAGUUGUUAUUCGAUAAAUAAGCCACUUAUUCAGUUCCACGAGUAAAUGCUAGACUUAAUUGUCUUUCUGUUUUUCAAGUGUAUCAAAAUCAAAUUAAUCAUACGAAAUACUAUAAAUCACGAAAUCAAGAAAUUUGAAUCAUAUCUUUAAAUGUGUUAGAAAGAGCUUGAAUCGUUAUUUUAUAGUUGAUAUUGGUUAACAUUAAACAAAUUGAAUAUUGUUAGAUUAUUAGCAAUCGAAAAACUGAUAUGCUGUUAGCGAUAUACACAGAACAAAGCAAAGAUAUCUCACUAAUGUAUUUCGAUAUAAAAAAAAGAAUAGCAAAAUUAGUUCAGGAAAUCGUUUUGUACUAAAUGUUGUAUUAAGCAAACUUAAAAGUAAGUUAUAAGAUGAAGUAUGGAAAAAUGAUGAGAAUAAAAU